ACAUUAAACUGCCGGUUAUCGGAAUGUUAGUUGUAUAUUAACACUUGCAACAGGAAGUUACCCAUAAACUUCCUAACAUUUUAAUGUACCAGUACCACAUUAUUGUGGGUUAACGUAAAUAAUUGAAUUUAUAUAACGGAUGUGGCGUGGACCUUUUUUACAUUCAUUGUGAAGGACACGAAUGGCGCUCGAGGUGACGUGGACUCUGUUGCUUGGAUUGCUGGGGUUCGGACAUGUAUAUCUUACCCUAACGUAUACGGGACGUGACUUGAAACGCAAGGACCACCUCACUGUCCCGCCCCUGUUAUGCUACUUCAAUUUGGAUGACUCCUGGCCUGACAACGGGACCCUUCAUCCUGCGUUGAACUCCACCCUGUGCUCCCAUCUGAUCUUCAUUAGCAGCGGUAUCAGCGACUGCCAGAUAGCGCCAUAUAGUCCCGGUGACGUCACGAGGUACUUCGCCAAGAUCCCGUUGUUAAGGAAACAGAACCCCGACCUUAAGAUUCUCCUCUCUAACGGGGGAGGCGACAAUCAUGGGUUCUCCCCCGUCUUGGGAUCAGCUGAAAACAGAACUAAGUUUGUGAACAGCGCUUUGCCUUUUCUGAAGAAGUACGACUUUGAUGGCCUCGAUGUGGACUGGGAAUUCCCAGGUUGGCAGCUACCCAUUGGUCAGAGGGCAAACUUCACUCUCCUGUUGAAGGAUAUGCGCGCCGCAUUCGACGUCGAGCUUGCCCAGACCGGCAGGAAGUACACGCUGUCUGCUGCUGUGGCCGCCGGAAGGUCCGUUAUGGUGAUCUAUGACGUACCCGCCCUGGCGAUGUCGCUUGACUUCAUCAACCUGAUGUGCUAUGACUAUCACGGGUAUGCCUCGUACGAUCCCAUCACCGGCUACAACAGCCCCCUCUACCCCACAGACUGGGAUAAACAGAUCGUCAUCACUUCCGGGAACGUGGGCUGGUCAUCCUACGAGUGGUACAAGCGCGGCAUGCCUAAGGAGCAGAUCAUGGUGGGCAUCCCCACAUACACACACACCUGGACCCUGGAGGAUCCCCGCUACCAUGAGCACAACGCGCCCGCUACCGGACCCGGAAAGGAGUGCAACGAGUGUUCGUUUGCAUGGGUAUGCGACUUCCUGUCACGACCGGGCACCACCCGUGUUGUGGACCAGGACGCAGCAGUGCCGUACAUGUACAAUGGGGACCAGUGGGUCAGCUAUGAUGACGUAGACAGCCUCAUCUUAAAGACGGAGUGGAUCCUGAGCAACGGAUUUGCUGGGGUGAUGGUCUACUCAUUGAACGCAGACGACUACAGCGGUGCAUGUAGAAAGGGGCGCUUUCCACUUUUGAAUGCCAUUAAAGCGACCAUGAAUAGAACAAAGACUGUGCACACCUUGUUGCGUUCAUGACAAAACGUCACUGACAUGAUGUAAGGACAGCAUUUAAGAUAGAUUUUGAUACGUUUCGACGUCGUCUUGAUGAAAGAGACUAAACCAGACUCUGAAAUGAAAUAGACAACAUACAUUUUGUUGGCAAAGUCUAAAUGUCAAUCGAGUUGAUAAGAGUACAAUUUGACUAUCGAUAAAACAUUUUACAGCCAUUAAACUUUUGCGUAUAAAUUUAAUGUGUUUGAUAAUCGUGUUUAUUGCAAAACAGUUUAACACCUCUAUUCCGAACAUGUUUAUUUUGAAGUAAUCGCUAUUUCAAACUGUUUUCCCCUUUUCUAGUAUUUGUAUUUUACAUCGUUAGUUCAAACUAAAUUUUCUGUCCCAACAACGUUUUAGGGGCUUUAUCUUCAGUGUUUAUUUCGAAGUCGCACAUAGACAGAUUGUGUUUUUGCGCCUGCUAUUGUUUUCUGGCUUCUUUAAACAUUGCUGAUUGACGCAUGGGUUUUUAAUCAACAUUAAUACAUACCGCAUACUAUUAUAUUAUUUAACGCAUUUCAUAGUCAUUACUGUUUGAAUUAUUGAAUAAAUACAUACACAAUCAAAUAA